UAAAUCAACCGACACCAAACAUCUGCAAACACUUCUUCAACACAAUGGAAGUCACUCUGUUCGCUCUAUCUUCCUCCUCCUCCACUUUCCUCUCCUCUCCUCUCAAACCAAAACUCAAAAACCUCUCCUCCCUAACAAAACGACCAACCCUUCAUCUCAGCAACAAAGCUCUUCCCUUUCGCGUCACCUCACUCUCUGUCCCCCAAUGCGACACGUCACUCCCUCCGGCGGUUCAGACCUUCUGGCAGUGGCUCCGGGACGAAGGCGUGGUCUCCGCCAAGACACUUGCAAAACCAGCUUUGGUCCCCGAAGGGAUGGGACUCGUGGCUCACAGAGACAUUGCGAGAAACGAGGUUGUUUUGGAGGUCCCAAAGAGGCUGUGGAUAAACCCGGAUGCUGUGUCAGCCUCGGAGAUUGGAAAUGUGUGCAGUGGUUUGAAGCCUUGGGUGUCUGUGGCUCUGUUUUUGCUCAGAGAGAAGUCUAGGGACGACUCGAAGUGGAGGCUUUACUUUGAUAUUCUUCCGGAGAGUACUAACUCGACUGUGUUCUGGUCAGAAGAGGAGCUUGAUGAGCUUCAAGGAACUCAACUUUUGAGCACAACAAUUGGUGUGAAAGAGUAUGUGCAGAGUGAGUUUCAGAAAGUGGAACAAGAAAUCAUCCUACCUAACAAGAAGUUUUUCCCUUCUCCAAUCACAUUGGAUGACUUCUUUUGGGCAUUUGGUAUCCUGAGAUCUCGGGCAUUCUCGCGCCUCCGUGGUCAAAGUCUUGUUUUGAUCCCAUUCGCGGACUUUAUAAACCACAGUUCCAGCGUAACCACAGAAGAGCAUGCAUGGGAGAUCAAAGGAGCAGCAGGUCUUUUCUCUUGGGAUUAUCUGUUCACUAUAAGAAGCCCACUUUCUGUCAAGGCUGGAGAGCAGGUUUACAUCCAGUACGAUAUAAACAAGAGCAAUGCUGAGUUAGCUUUGGACUAUGGAUUCAUAGAGUCAAAGGCAAAUCGAAAUGCGUUUACCUUAACACUGCAGAUAUCAGAGUCAGACCCAUUUUAUGGGGACAAGCUGGACAUUGCUGAGUCAAAUGGUAUGGGUGAGACUGCAGACUUCGACAUAUUUUUGGACUGUUCACUGCCAGCACAAAUGAUUCCAUAUCUGCGGCUGGUAGCUCUUGGAGGAACCGAUGCUUUCCUCUUGGAAUCUAUAUUCAGGAACUCUGUCUGGGGCUUUCUUGACCUGCCUGUAAGCCAUGCCAAUGAGGAGCUCAUAUGCAGAGUAGUCAGAGAUGCCUGCAAAUCUGCUCUUUCUGCCUAUCCCACCACCCUUGAAGAGGAUGAAAAGCUACUAGAAUCAAAACUGGAUCCAAGGCUGGAGAUUGCAGUUGGAAUCAGAGCAGGGGAGAAGAAGGUGCUGCAACAUAUCGAUGGUAUCUUCAAGGAGAGAGAAUUAGAACUAGACAUAUUGGAGUACUACCAAGAAAGAAGGCUCAAGGAUCUUGGACUCUCCGGGGAGCUAGGAGACAUCAUCUUCUGGGAGAAGUAGGGAAAGUUUUUGUUACUCGCCGAUAGUGAAAGUACUGAGAAUUCUCUGAAGAGAAUGAGAAAACAUUUUUCUUAACGAUGGAUCCCAUUAAGACAUUUUUGUUGCGUCUUGUACUUUCAUGGCAGACGUACCAGUAGAGCUACUCCUCUUAGCAAUAUUGAAACAUACGCACCCAGCACUCGUGUGCAUAAAUAUAACACUUGAGAAUUUGUACUCCAGUACUCCUUGAAUUGCUAUUUUGGGUAAAACCUCUGUUAAAAAGCAUGUGGUGAUU